CUGACGCACAGACACUUUGACGCAGCAACCAUUGAUACGGUCAGAAAAACUUAACAGAAAAAUCUAAAACUGCCGGCGCCGGAGAGCCGGAGCGAGGCGCUGCCCGCCAAAAGCCCCAUUUGGCACACCCUGUCCCGCGAGACCGUUUCCCCGCUGUCCCCCUCCGCGCAUUUCACCACGUCGCCCCUGUCACGUACCAUGCCAACAACGAACGAUGCUUCCGCUCCACUGCCACCGCAUGGCGUAGCCGAGCCACCACCACCACCUCGUCGCUUCGAUCGCGUCCUCCUUUUCCUUCCCACCAAUGGCGCCGCCGCCGUCGUCGUCCUUGCUCCGCGACCUGCUCGUAGCUGACGGCUUCAAGAACCGUCGCAGGUCGUCUGACGGCUCGGCACCGGCGUCCUCGAGAGCCGCGAGCAUGCCGCUCAACAACCGGCGCCCGGGCAAGCCCGCGCGGUCCCAGUCCGACGUGAUCGCCCGCAGCCGCCUGAGGGAGAUGAACGGUGGCGACAGGGACGCUGCCGGUGACGAGCGGCGGGCCGCGACCGCCACGCGGAGGUUGUCGGCGUCGCAGACGAGCGCGAGGAGCUACAGCAACAAGGGCGACAGCGACAGCGGUGGCGCUGGCGGCAGGAGGGGCACCGCGGCGUCUGCCUCUGCGGCCGCGGUGCCAGCGCUCGACGAGUCCGCGCUCACCGCGCUCAUCUCCCUGGCCGCGGGACCCAUGAAGCGGUUCGCCAAGGACGAGGCGUUCCGCGCCACGCUGCGCGCCGGCUGCGCGUCGUGCCUCGGCGAGUCCAACCACCGCGCCGUGCUCGACCUCCGCGUACACGCGCAGACCGUCGAGCGGGCCGCCAGGGAGGGCGGCCGCGACCCGCGCGACCUGAAGCGCGCGUCCCUCAAGCUCCACGAGGCGGCGUCGCUCGAAUCCGGGGACGCCGACGCGGUGGCCGCGGCGGCGGGCGUCCCGUACCCGCGCCUCGCGGCGUGCGCGCACCUCUACAUGUCUGCCGUCUCCACGCUCCAGAGGCGGGACCACUCCGCCGCCGUGCACUCCCUGGAGGCUUUCUGCCUGGCGCCGCGCGAGGCGCGCACGCUCCUGCUCCCCGCGCUCUGGGACAGGCUCUUCCGCCCGGGCCUCUCGCACCUGCGGGCGUGGCGCGACCGCGAGUCCGCCGCGGCGAGCUCGGACGAGAGGGCGAAGGAGGUGGAGAAGACGUUCGCGGACGCGGUGGACGAAGGCACGCGCGCGCUCGCGUGCUACUACAGGGACUGGCUGCUGGGGCGCACGGACGCCAUGGCUCUCCCGGGUGUUCCUGCUCCUCCCAGCACCGUUCAUGCCGGCGCGCCGAGGUACUCGGCGUCGACGUCGUACGACAUCAGCUCGGACGUCGUGUUCAGCUCCGGGGGUUCGAGUCCGGCCAAGUUUGCGUACGACGGCACAAUGCAGCGAUCUGAGGAAAUCGAGGAGGAAGACGAGGUACACGCCAUAGCGGCAGAUGCAGAGAGCGUUUUCUAUGAGUGCGAGGCUGUUGAAGCAAGGAGCCACACUCCCGCGCUGCAGGUAGAAGGAAAUGUCCUUACGACUAACAACUCAGCCAAAGAAACCUUUGAACCACAGGUUGAAGAUGAACCGAUCAAGGAAUCGGAUGCGUCAACAAGUUAUCGUCCGAUUUCUGACAUGUCAGCCAUCGACCUUCUAACGCUCGAGUUCUGUGAAGGGCCACUCCAGAGUGACGCAGAUGGCAACCAUUUCUCCAUUUUCGCCACCGUUCCCAGCGACUUCCUUUGUCCGCUGACGCGGCAGAUCUUCAACAAUCCCGUGACAAUCGAGACAGGCCAAACGUUCGAGCGGCAUGCUAUAGUGCAGUGGCUAGACAGAGGCUUCAGGACGUGCCCUUUCACAGGCCAAGAACUCUUGAGCUUGUCGAUUCCAGACACGAACCGUGUGCUCAAACGCUUGAUAGAUGGCUGGAAGUCCGAACGCUGCAAGAAUCUCGUCUCUGGAAGCACCGGGCUUGAAGAGAAGCUGAGUGUAACAGUUAUAGACAAGGUCUUCAGUUCAGCCGGCGACAUGUCUGAAAAGCUUGACAAGGCAAGGCACCUGAUGGCGAUCGGUGGUAUCGACUUUCUCCUGCACGAGUUUCAGGAAGGAGGAGGAGAUGAGCAGCAAAGGGUAGCCGAGCACCUGCUGUUUUGCAUCAGGGCUGAAGGCAGCUGCAGGAACUACGUGGCUAUCAAGAUCGAUGGCUCAAGUGUUCUCCGGCUUCUCCAUAGUGAAGUGCGUUCAGCGAGGAGAAUUGCAGCUGGUCUGCUCACUGAGCUGACCUGCUUAAGAAGAAGGGAAAUGUUUGAACUGCUCCUGCGUGGAUUGGGAACAGAGUCGGUCGUCAUGCGGACAAUGGAUGUGCUACUGGAGCAUCUCCGGAGCUUGCCGGUCCAAGAUCAAGCCUCAGUUGCUGUUCUCCUGUUGCACUUCGAUGCAUUGGUAGAGCCAAACGAAGACAGCAUCUACAGAGAAGAGGCUGCCAAGAUCAUCACACAUUCUCUGAGACGCUGCAUGUCCGAGGAUAAUGUCGUGCCGGGCACUCGGAAAGCUCUGCUGCUGUUGGCAGGGUAUUUCUCCUUCUCAGGCGACCUUCUCGUUGAGGACUGGAUGCUCAAACAAGCCGGCUUCGUCGACGGCUCUCGUGCCAGCCCUACCAGUUCAGAUGUUGUCGCACAGGACAAGGAAGCAGCCGGGAACGAGGCCUGGCUGAGGCACGCGGCCGCGGCGCUCCUCGGCAGGGGCGGGGUAAGGAGGCCGUUCCUGGAGGCGCUGUCCAGGUGCCUGGGCUCCCCCGACGCCGACCUGGUGGCCGCUUGCCUGGCGACGGCGGCGUGGCUGAGCCGCUCCCUCGCGGCGUCGCUCGACGACGACGCCACGAACACGGGCACGGACACGGACGCGUCCCUCGCCGCGUUCUCGGCGCUCGUUCCGCGGCUGAAGCAGUGCCUGGCCCCCUCCCGGCCGGCGCGGCACAGGGUCCUCGCCGCCGUGUCGCUGCACAACUUUAGCAUGAUCCCAGACUGCAGGGAGCUGCUGGUGCUGCUGGCUGACGGCCUGCGUGAUCACCUCGCCGAGCUCGCGGGGUUGACUUCGACGGCCGGUCAGCUAUCCGCCGAACUCCACGAAGGGCUUUGACUUCCUCGCGCGCGCCCGCCGGGUGUCGUAGGGGAGCCGCCGGCGACGGGGCCUCUCGUCAUCGUCGCAGGGAAGUGUCUGAAACCGGCUGCUUUUGUUGACCCGUUCGUCAGAUACAAGUAUACAACCCGGUCUUAGAAGUGAACUGCCAACGGUUCCUCCGAGAGCGACCAAGGCUGUGUAACAGUACAGCCUAUCUUCUUUCUAUCCCUUUUUCUGCAGGACUAUAUGUGAUCGAAGAGGCGCCGGCUGUGAAUAUCACACGAUGCUUGGACAGAGACCGGGGCAUUUUCUUGCUUUGCAACCAUGAAUUUUCCAGCGUCGGAAUGAUCAGCGCUCCACUUGCAGAUUUCGGGUGGUGGAUUAGGACGUUUCGCAACUUGGUAGGAGCUAUGGCUUGGAACAAAUCGGUUGCAGCACUUGACCUGGGAUGGGAUAGGCUACAUGGUUUAAUUUUAGA